AUGGGCUCAGCACAGUCAAGAGAGGACAGCAGACCGCCGCCAGCAUGCCCGAUGCACGAUGCAAAGCCAGGCGUGGAGCCAGCAGCGAUCAAUCCGCGCAAUAACAUCCCCGAGCUCGCGCAAUCUCAAUCGGCAGGCCAACGUCAAAGUCUACCCACCCAGCGGACCUUCUCCUCCAUCCCUCGGGCAGAGGCAGUCCAACAUGCGGCAGAAGUGAGCGCAUCGAGCAAGCAAGCCGGAACGUGUCCCGUCGCAUCGACGCCCGCCACUUCGAGCAAUACCGCCACUGCUGGCAUGAAGACGGACACAGAUCGAUGGGUCUACCCCUCCCCACAGCAAUUCUUCAAUGCACUCGUGAGGAAGGGCAAGCCCGCUCCGGAAGAGCAUGUAGAGACCAUGGUGGAGAUACACAACUGGCUCAAUGAGCAAGCUUGGAACGAAGUAUUGCGAUGGGAGGAACGCCGUCAGACCGGGGAGCAAGUACAGCUCGCACACUUCACAGGACGACCACAAGAUCUGUCGCCCAAGGCGCGGAUACAUCUCUACCUCGGCAAGCUCUUUCCAGAGACGUACAGCUCCACACCGCCCUUCGAUCGUCACGACUGGACGAUACGGAGACCUGGGACCGGCACAGAGCAUCGCUAUGUCAUCGACUACUACUCUGCUGCGCCGGAUGAGCAAGGGAAUCCCGUCUUCUCUCUCGAUGUCCGACCAGCACUAGAUUCUCCAGAGGCAGUCUACGAUCGCGUCUCAGAGUGGGCAAGGCUGAAGCGCGAGCGAUACCUCGGCCCAAACGCAUCAGUAGCUGCGCAGCCAGAGCCCAAGCUCACCUCAGCAUUGUCAUCAAAGGACGACGAUCUCUGCGUGUAUGUUGCAUGCCCGCAUGCACUUGUGACCCGUACAUGA